CUCCUGCUCCCGCAGCUACUCCUGACAGCGAAGAGCAAGAUGCGAAAAAGCAAAAGAUCUUGAAAAGCCUCAAGAUGAUCCAGCAAGAAGCUCGGGAAAAGCGCAAAGCAGCUAGUGCCGGGAACCUUCCUGUUGGAGCUAAUACGACAGUACCAUCUCCAUCUUCCGGAUCAGGUGGCCAAAGUCUUCACCUCCAUCUUAUACCAGGUGGCCACACGUCCUCAAAAUCAGGUGAAGAAGAAGAAGGAGCUAAUGUAGAACCAGAACAACAACGACGAUCCGCGUUAUCCAAUGAUACUCUCAAGAAUUUACAUGCAGCGAGACAGUUGCGGCAAGGUCAACCUUCAUCUGGUUCAUCACCGGGUUUGUCUUCCAAAGCAAACGCAAAGCAAGAAGCAGAACUUGUAGGUGUGGCCGUUAAUGGUGAUGGCAAGAAAAUUUGUUCGAUGGAACCUCAGAGACUUGGAGGGUCUGUUGAAGAGCUCCUGCCCUUGCCAGAAACGGAUUACACGACAAGGACUUUGCCAGCGUCAUCUACUUGCGGAGGACGAGCCUUUUCAUUUUCAGUUUCUUCAGGCGGAGGCGAAGGUACUAGUGUUAGCGGAGCAGGAGGGGCAACUAGUCCUCGCAUUUCACCACAGCAGAAGAGGGCCAAAGAAGAAGCACAGCGAGCCCAGGAGAAGCAAAGGGAAGAAGCCCAGAAACGGCGGGAAGAAGCACCGAAGAUCAUAGAAAUUCUCAAAACUUGCAUUACCAAGACUUUCAAGGAAGAGGGGCGCGACCAUCGAGAACUCGGUGAUUUUCAGAUAAGGGAGCUUAACCAAUGCACAGCAGAACAGGAGCUGUUGCCCGAAGAUGGGCGUGAAAGUUUUUGGUCCGGCCUGAAAGCAAGCUGGACUGAACUGGUAAACAAGAACAGCAAGAUCAAGAGUUAAGGGAGGUAGCUCUGACAGGGCUACUUUACUUAGUUUCAGUAGUUACUCGCUUAUUUUCAGUAGAUGCUCGCUUAUUUCAGUUUAUCGAAUACACCUACGUACUAUCUACAGUUCGUCGAGAGAGCAAAAUAAUGCAUCUUUCUACUUCUUUGCUUCGGCUUCGUCCCCAAGUGUCGUGUGAACUCGAUGUUUUAUAGCUGUACAACAAGAACAAGACCCAUUUCUUGCUUGCAACAAGUUGUGACUCCCUAAUGCUAACCUAUCCAUAACCUAUCGUCCAAAUAUCCUAACCUGCUAACCUAGUCUGAGCUAACCUAACCUCUACUAACCUAGAUGAUCACGAUUCUCCAUUUCCUCCUUCUCCUCUUCCUCCUCGGUGAUGAAAGAAUAUUACAGGCACAACUCAAAAUUAAUAUUAAUUUCUAGAAGAAAGUAGAUACAUCAAGGACUACAUCGGAGCACUUUUUUCAACAUGAUACAGCCUAGAAGAAGAAACAUCUAAACUCUUCUGCUGUACGGUGCUGAUAGUCGAACUCUAUCGCAUCGAGCGGAGUUUUUAUCCCGAGAUGGGACCCACGUAAAGCCAGACUACGCACCUCGCAGACUAAUUCACGCAGCUCACUUCAUCGAUUGGUUAUUGUUAAGGCAAACUUGAGGAGGGAGUCGGGUUAGACCUAAAGUAUGAUCAGGCUCGUCACCAGAGUCGUGGAUCAGCAUCAUCACUCUAAUAACGUUGGAAGCAGGGAAAGAAACGCGCGCUCAGAUCGACGCGCAUGUCAUAUCACUUGCAAUCACCCGAACGAAAGAUAGGGAGUACAACUUUUGCUUGUUUUUUGUUUUGAAUUUCAACAACAACAGAAACAGAUCAAAGAGCAGGACAGAGGGAGACCAAGAGGACAUAGAGCAAACCAAUCUAGCCAUAGAAGCUAAAUAGUACCACACUUUUUGCUUGUAAGCGAAAACGAUCCUCCACAUUCUCUUCAUAGUACCACACUUUUUGCUUGUAAACGAAAACGAUCCUGCACAUUCUCUUCAGAUUAAGGGCCCAGCAAGACGAGGAAACCCGCCUGAGCGCGUUGUUCGAGAACUUGCUUACGCGCUUGUUGAAGGAUACCGCAGCUGUUGGGACUGCUCCUGUUGAAGAGAGCAAGGACAAAAAGGAAGAUGUUGGGCAAACUAUACGUGAUAAAGAAACUCCUGCUGGACAAGAACAACAUUAUAGUUGUAAUAAAAAUGUGGUCCAUGUCGAGCUUCGAGGCCCGAACGUAUGGUUGGACGACAGCCCAUCGAGCAAAGCGAAAGAAAAUCAGCGCAUCAUUUCCCUGGGUGUGGAGCAGACAUCCUCUGGUAUGGCUUGUGAAUAGGAACCGACUGAGUAGAGGACAUAAUGAGCUUCACGAUGUUGAGGCUUUUCAUAUUACCGUGUUGCAUUAGUCCUGCAGGAGGUCGUACUGAUCUUCGACAUCGUUCACCGCAAGAUAGACGACAGCCUUUAUUUUUGUUCCAGCAUUUGGACCUUGUUGUGAAAAAAUAGCUGCUGGCUUUGGCAAGAGACUCGUUGUGAUAGUUCUUCUGGUUCUAUCCAUCAAUUGCGUUCUUCUAGCUCUAUCUACGCAAGAACUACUUCUCUAAAAAUCGCAGCACCUCAGCAAGGUCUCCAGACCGAAUGGAAGCCCGCUUCUUCGACGAUUUGUUUACCUUUGCGAGUCAGGCACUGGCCAAACGGGCACGUGAAGAUAAUGCGACUGCUAGAGGGUUAUUGACCGGCGGUUUCUCACUACUUCACGUGGAUCCACAGGACCAUGAACGAUCUGGUGUUGCAUUUCAUAAGUCAGGAGAUGAAAUGGAGCUUCUUGCUGGCGCUCAAGGAGGAAGCGGUAGGAGCGAAGCGGAGAACCUUGCUUUGGUUUUGCGUUUGAGUGAAGUUACGUAUAUUUACUUAUAUUAUUUAUCUAUAUUCAUUUCUUUUUACUUUUCCUAGUUAGAUUUUUGGCUCCACCCAUAUAUAAAAUAUUAAUCGAGGAUUUGGUUGCACCAUUUGUAGUUUGUGCUGUCUCUGUCAUCAGUGGUCCAUCUAAGCUACAUCUUUGUCUCAGGUCCAGUACGAUCGCUGAUGAUGUAGUUAGUACUCACUAGAAGUAAGUACUAGAAAAAUCGCUGUAGAUGAUCCAUCUCCCUUGACAGCACCUCUGAUGUAGUUAUAUAUACGACCACUUUGAUGGUGAAUCCGGCGAAGGCUGGUGAUGCUGCCACUGCUAUGUUUGAAGAGGGUAUUAUGUUAGGGCUCAAUGAAAAAGAUAUCUAAAUGAGUGACUUCUCAUCUAACCAACCUGGCGAAAAACGUCAUGCUACUUUAGAGAGGAUGAAGAAUUUGUUGAAGAAUGCUUCGCCAUCUCCUGCUUCCACCACACCUGCUGCUCUCCAAACUGCGCCAACCCGAAGUCUCCAGCUCGUAUUCGAUGUCGUAUCUCACGAUCAUGAUACCGAAGCCACAGCUGCUGCGCCACAGUUGUCCAUGGCAGCUUCCAUUUAUGACCACUACAUGUUGUCUUUGUUACAGAAGUUCUCUAGUUCUUGUAGUAGUAAGUUCUCUAGUUCCUGUAGAAGUUCAUCAUCUUUAGCGUAUAAUAAGAUUUGUUAGACGACGUUGUCCAUGGCAGCUUCCAUUUAUGACCACAUGUUGUCUUUGUUACAGAAGUAUAGGGCUUAAACGUAGUAGGGGGGAAGUGCACCUACAGUAUCUGUGUCUGCAGUAUGGCGCAGUAUGACCACAUGUUGGCUUUGUUACAGUUUAUUAGGGUAGCUUAAUAGGGUUCUUUAGUAGGUCCUCUGAUACUAUUUAAUAAUUGUUCUACCUAGUUGUUAAUGUUAUAGUAGUAAGUUCUCUAGUUCUUGUAGAAGUUCUUUAGCGUGUAGAAUUUGUUAGACGUUUGUUCUAAUCUGUUCUUCGACAGUAUCGCAGCUCUUUUAGCGGAGACGGAAAGAUGAUGGAAAGAGCAAAGACGCUUCCUGGACGAUUGAAGAAGCAAACUGAUGAGCCCAAGAAAGAUGAGCCGGCCACCACUGGGUCCAAACCUCCUUUGGAGAUAAGCUUUGGUAAUGUAGGAGGUCCUGCUCGAGGUGGAGCGGCGAAUAUUCCUUACAUCUUCGAACAGGAAGGAGGAGAAGCUGCAACGUCAAGCUCAAGGCGAGGUGGAGAGACAGGCGAGGUAAAUUAAGGCUUCAUAACUCGACGAAGAAAACGCGGACUUUAAUUAUAACUCGAAAUUUCAAUUCUCCGUGUAUACUAAACAGAAAAAAGUGGAAGCGGAAGGGAUAUAUCUUCAAUAUAAUCAAAACCACUCAACAACCACCCGCCUUAAGAAUCCAUUUCUAAGUCAAAACCGCCUCGCUGGUCGAGGUCGCUGAUUACUUACUCGCACAGGCAGGUGAUGAGGAGACGCUGAAAAACGGCUACAUUCUCAAAAUGAGGCAUAUCGCCCCACUUCAUCUCUCGAUGAUUGGGGGAGCAGGAGCAGCAAGUUCGGCUUCUAGCGCUGAUGCUGCAAAUAAAGGUUUCCAGCCGAUUGAAGUUCCCGGAAUCCAAAAAGGUAGAGGCAGACAGUCUCAGUUCCUUCAAGGAAGCAACCGAGAACUGUUAAGGCUUCCCUUAAUCCAUCCCUGUAGACAUCCCUCAAACAUAUGCGCCCUAAUACAAGGGAGAUACUGACGCAUAUGCUUGAGGGAUUUCCACAGGGAUGAAUAGGGGAGAGCUCUAAAACUGACUUACUUCGAAGACAUUGACAAGAGCCGCAUAACACUGGUUAUUCAAAGGACAGUCACGGGUGAUGCAGCUAGACCGUGUAGUUAAAAAUGCGAGCAACGUAGGAGAAACUUCUGAUUGUCUCACUGAGUUGGUGAUAAUUAAACGUCAUGAAGACUGCCUGUGCCUCAUCCUCAACUUACAUCUUCAUUGAUUUGCUUCUACCCACAUGACUAGAGAUGAGGUAGAAGAAGAAAAGCAAGUAGAGGAGGAUGCUGGAACAAGGUUAAAAACUGAUGCGGAUGCGUGUACUCAGUUGUUAACGCCUAAACUAAAAAGUACUUAUGCUCUAUAUCUAGUCGUGGUCGUGGUAGACUAGAGCUUUGCAGGAGGAGAUAGAAAAAAAAAAAAUAACGGUUCUUGGAAUCAACUGCAUCUAAUAUGAUGAAAAGAAAGAAUAUUUCUCAAUGCCUUCUUCUAACUAGAAGAUUUUGGACCUGCUUGCUUCUUGCUUCUACUACGUUCAAAAACUUUAAACCUGUUGAUCAUACGAUAGGGGACAUUCAACAAAAAAGUUGUACUACUUCUCUACGGAUGACAAAAUAAUUUCUACUACUGUUUUCAACUUCAUCACUGAUAGAUCAAGAUCAUCCACAAGAAUCGCAGAAGUUUGUCGUGCUCCACUCCUUUUCUCCGUCAGCAUUGAGAGGACGAUAUCGAACUGAGCGCAUCCAAAGGUAACAGACGAAGACGAAGUGGACAGAUCCUCCUCCUUGACGUCCACUGAUACCACCCGACAGUCUCCUUCCGCCACAACAUCUAUGCGCCAGGAACAAUACCACCAUAGGCCCCGUUACAAGGUAGCAAGAUGCUAGAAACAUCGCCACCGGAGGUGUUUUGUUGUUUUUGUUGCAGGUCUUCUGCUUUUCGCCUGCUGAUAGCAAAAGGAAGGAGAAAAAGGUGUAACAACAUCUGCACAAGUUCGCUUGUGUCCUGUAGGCACGAGAGCUGAAUUCGAUCGGAUUCGUGCAUAAGACCACCGGUCUUAUUUGGCAUACCGAGAGCUUCUUUAAUCACCAACUACAAACUCCACUCCUGGUUAAACAUGGGAGUUACGUUUUUUGACUUUCUUUAAGCGAAAGGCUGGUAAGUAGUAGUCCACUUGGCAGGUGCUUAAGGCCUCGACCACCAUGCUAACACUUCUUGUCACUUACUCCUGACUUAGAGAACUUUCGUCAACCUACUCAAGUUCUAGCUAGGCAGGGGACCUAGAGUACCUCGACCACCGUAAGUCACCUUCUGUGACUGUUCUUCACUUAGGACUGUUUUCUCGUCGUUGCUUACCUUAGCGUAGUUCUUGGAAAGGUCUUGACUUUAGUGCUUUUCCUUUGGUUACAGCUUGUUGUUAAGGGCAGAAGAAAUUACUUGAGAAAUUUAAACAACUUGAUCGUUUUCAAAGUAGUCAAAUGAGACAUUUACAAAUAUUUAAUUUCGAGACUGUCUAGUCGUGUUAUCCUCCUCUUGCUCUCGUCUUGUGGUCGUGCUUUUCCAAGGUCAUGCUUCUUCUGAUCUUCGUGUAUGGUUUUAAGGACAUCACCGAUAGGCAUGCGCCGUCUUGAUCUUCCUGUUGCUUCCACAGUCAGGAACACACUGGAGGAAACAUGCUGCCGCUUGCUGCUGUCAUUCACGCUGUCGAUGAGUUUGCGUCCCAUAUAACCCAACCGGGAGAAGACCAGAAGUUCGGGGUAAAAGGUAAGACUCGACAUGUUGAGACGAGAAGGACAAAAGAAGAAGAACAUCGAGCAGCAGUCGUUGUCGUUGUUGUUUGAGGUGAUCAGCGCACCUGGUGCGCGUUGUGAGCGACCACGAAGGCCCCUAGUAUCGCAUUGAGGAGUUGCACCUUGACGGUCUGCUGCGGUGCAGCCACCAACACCCGUCGGUUCUGAUGGAUGCGUUGCCAGAUAGUCCGUAGUUGGUCACGGUUGAGCAUCUCCAGCUUCGCCCGAGUGGGGGCGUCGUUUGCUGCAAAUGCCACCUGCUGUCUUUCGGCUGGCUCCAGGAGGUCAUAUAGCUGGUGCUUGUUGUAAGGGGCGUCAUUUGGGUGGACCGCUACUACUAGGCCGCCACCUCCUCCAGCCAAAGGCACUGCCGGCAUUGGAGGUCCACCAAUUCCACCACCACCAGCUGCGUUCGCACCUUGUGGCUGAGGUGCCACUGCCGCAAUUCCGCCAUCUGCUCCUCCCAAUAGGAUCUGCUGUUGCUGUUGUUGCUGCUGGACAACCGGCGCUGGCGGCUGUUGCGCGACAAGUGGUGCCUGCUGUACAGCAGGUUCUUGAGGUUGCUGCACAGCCGGCGCUUGAGGCUGCUGCACCAUAGGUGCCUGAGGCUGCUGGUUCGCCACACCAUUGUUCGCACCAGCUCCAACUGCUCCACCAGCGGCAGCCAUCAUUCCCUGCAUCUGUUGUAGCAUCUGCAAGAUGCGCUCCUGUCCAACCCCAAGCUGCUGCUGCUGCUGCCCAAGUUGCAGCUGUUGCCCUUCAACAGUCUGCAUGCGUUGAUUGACUGUCUGCAUGUUGCCCUCCAACGCAGCAAUUCGCUGCUCGUACACAGCUCCUAGUCCCAUACCACUAUUACCAGCAGCUGUGUGAGGUGCUGCCGGAGCAGGAACCGGCGCUGCUGCUGCCUGUGCAGGGGGCAAUCCACCUGCGCCAACCGUGACGCCACCCUUGAUGCCUUCGGCAAUGCAUGCGGCAAGACGUUCAUGCUUCUCGAGCUCUAGUUUGCGGAUCUUCUCCUCCUUGAUCUGACGUUCUGCUUUCUCCUUGUAUUCCUCGAGCUCACGCACUCGCAAGACCUCUCGGAUCUUCGCCUCCUCCUCAGCGGUAGGCCUCGCUUUGUCUUUAAGGAGGUCCUUGCUGUAGGACGUUUCUUUAUCCUUGUGGUCCGGCAUUGUCGCUGUCUUCACCCGUGUGAGGGCAAGAUACGUGGAGAAAUUGCGAAGCAAGCAACGAGUCGUGUCAAACUUGGUCUUGUAUCCAGAUAGGAUUUGUAGUAGUACUCUUGUCGUGAAACCUUGUCUAUACCACUGUAUUGCUUCUGAUAAAAGGAAGAGAAACCUCUCAGCGCCUGACGUCUUCGCGCCAUGGAUAACGCUGUGAGUCCUACUCCGGAAUACGGUGCGGUAAUACAUUACAUCACCGAUGCCGGAGAAGCGGACUGUGAGCGGCUUUACUAGCAGCUCAGUGCGAAUCGCAAUGCAGCCACCCGCCUUGGCGCAUGCAUGGAGUUCAUAGUUAAGCCACCUCAUCGCUCCUCCCUCAAGAGACCGAUCUCGCUCAACCUCCACUCCGUCGUAAAUGCUACUCACGCGCGCGUCGAGACAAUCAUUGCAGAAAACCCCCGACACGGCACCGCUGUCGUCCACGUAUCUCUCCAGAGCUAUAUCUUCGACCUUCUGGCCGCCUGUAGGUCCAAACGCGCGGUCUUCCUUCACGCCCAUGGUCAAAGAGCACGCGACCUUACUGCAUAUUCCUCCUAUCGGCGUGCCUUUGCUUGGGUCCUGCUUGAGCGUCACUGCCGGCCCGAGAGUGGCUAGGCGCAAUGUCGUCACGUUGAAGAGGAGGAACUCCAAAUCCGCUGUCUCAUCCUCCGUGCAACCCUUGGCGGCUACAUAGUCAGCACUCUCCUGCAUCUGGUCCGUUGGAACCUUCUCGAAGAAGGCUACUGCGUCUACGACGACACCCCCUGGCAGUGCCCGGCUGCCACACCCAGCACACGUCGGCUGGAUUGGUCGUAAACGGCCUACCUUCUCAUAGAAAGAGCCUGCAGCGACAUGAAGACCAUCACCUUCGCACUUCCCUGGCAACACUCUCCGCACUGUGGCCUCCACGCUCCGUGCGCAUCGUCUCUGCGCCCUGCGGUUGGCGCCACGCACACUUGCUACCUGGCUGAUGAUCUUGCGAAAGCGCUUGUGCUUGGGAAUUCCAGGUUUGAAACAGGCCUCCUCCACACCCACCAUGAGGGCCUUCCGCUUCGGGACCACGUAUGCGUACGCCAGUUGGCGCAGUGGCUCGAGUACAUGCCUUGGCCUUCGCCCCGGCUCCUCGUUCCACAUGCGAAUCUCCUCAUUCACAUCAGCAAGGGCAGUCGACUGCGUGGUUGCUGCCAUCUGCUGAAAGCUCUGGUCAGCCUGCAUUGCCUGCACGUUCCAGUUUUGGUAGAGUGCUGCGUCGACUUGCAGCGCAAGUUCCUUGUCCUUAUCGAUGACGACAGUUACACGCCCUGAUCGGUGCGCGGCCUGCAUCUGCUCAUCCUCCCGGAAGAGUGGAUGCCGUCGCCUCUCCAUCUGCAUCUCUGAUUGUCGUGCCCGAAAAGGAACACGCUUGCGCGCCAUCCUCAUCAUCGAUCGUCCCUGCUCUGCUACGUGCCGCAGAGACUCUGGCCCAGGUGGUAGUGGUGCAUUCAUGUAGACCGGCACUACUCGCAUGGAUGUGUCCCGGACUUCCUGCUCCACCAUGCCUGGGGUCCUCCUGGCAGCACGCGGGGCAGUGUCGGUGUGCCUCCGCAUGCGCGGUAGCGGCUGCCGUUGCAGCCGGAUGCUCCGCAUGAGGAAAGGCCGUAGCCGUGCAUGUGAUGCUUUUAUGAUCUCGCCACGCAACCGCAGUAGCUCCCGUCGCUCCCAUGAGUAGCGCCAUCGUACUGUGAUCCUCGAGUUGGAAGGGCAGCCCCUCACGUGGAUGAGGUAGCUCACCUUUCGCUUUGCCCGAUCACGUUCCCUGCCGGCAACGACCGCGCCACGGUCAACGAUGCUCCUUAGGUUGUAUUCCGGAAACUCGUUCCCCCUCCUACAAGCAAGCAUCUGAAGUGGGUCAGCCUUGGUCCUGCGCUGGCCAAGGUAUUUUGCCAACAGAUAGAAGUUCUGGCUCGCGUAGAGGUUGAUGGGGCCCCUAGCUCCUACGCUGCGUUUCUGUUGGGCAUCGCUAUACAUCUCAUCGAGCGUCCGCUUACGCUGGUUCUGCUCCUCAGUGCGCUGCCUGAUCGCAAGAAGGGCCUGCGAUGGCACUCCAAAAACACACGGCACGCGAGCCCAUUGCGGCGGCCUUCGCCUCCUCCUCUUCGGCCCCUUGCCGCUCUUGCUGUUCUCGAGUUCCGCGUGCUCAUGGCUCUCACGGUCCUCCUGCUCGUCAGGUAGUCCUGCUACGUUCAGCUCCGGUCGCAACAUACGGACAAGCGCGGUCUCUAGCCUCCGGCUAUCGUGCACCGUGCUGGCAAGACGGACCACUAGAAACUUUGUUAUUGUCUGCUCAUAUUUCUUUUGCUUGUUGUCGGGUCGUUCCACCUCCCUUACAUGCUGCGCAUACCUCUCGUGUAUGUUGACUGUCGAGCCAACAUAAAGAAGGCCGUCUGCACUCCAGUAGGCGUAGACCAUGCCGGGCCUCGUGUCAGGACCUACAUCGCCACGCUUUCGUCGCCUCCUCGAGUUAGCCUGCGACGCAAGUAGGGCCUCCUGCUGAAGCCGCGGAAGGUCUGCCGCAUCGGCGGGGUCGAUGAGCUUCGUGUACUGCCUCAUCCGACCUGCGUACAAGGCAGCAGCGCGUGGCUGCUCCUUUGCGACCGCGUCACGGUGCUUCUCCACAAGAAGCUGGUAGUGCUCCACGGUGCCCUCUAUAAUCUCCUCUACCUUUGGUCUCAUCGUCUCUACUCUUGAUCUCGUCAUCUACUUCUUGCGUUCUUCUAUCCCGGCCCGCCGUUCAAGCGCCCAGUAACGCUCGCGGAAAAAGACCGGCUAAUACAACUUCUCUACGGAUGACAAAAUAACUUCUACUACUGUUUUCAACUUCAUCACUGAUAGAUCAAGAUCAUCCACAAGAAUCGCAGAAGUUUGUCGUGCUCCACUCCUUUUCUCCGUCAGCAUUGAGAGGACGAUAUCGAACUGAGCGCAUCCAAAGGUAACAGACGAAGACGAAGUGGACAGAUCCUCCUCCUUGACGUCCACUGAUACCACCCGACAGUCUCCUUCCGCCACAACAUCUAUGCGCCAGGAACAAUACCACCAUAGGCCCCGUUACAAGGUAGCAAGAUGCUAGAAACAUCGCCACCGGAGGUGUUUUGUUGUUUUUGUUGCAGGUCUUCUGCUUUUCGCCUGCUGAUAGCAAAAGGAAGGAGAAAAAGGUGUAACAACAUCUGCACAAGUUCGCUUGUGUCCUGUAGGCACGAGAGCUGAAUUCGAUCGGAUUCGUGCAUAAGACCACCGGUCUUAUUUGGCAUACCGAGAGCUUCUUUAAUCACCAACUACAAACUCCACUCCUGGUUAAACAUGGGAGUUACGUUUUUUGACUUUCUUUAAGCGAAAGGCUGGUAAGUAGUAGUCCACUUGGCAGGUGCUUAAGGCCUCGACCACCAUGCUAACACUUCUUGUCACUUACUCCUGACUUAGAGAACUUUCGUCAACCUACUCAAGUUCUAGCUAGGCAGGGGACCUAGAGUACCUCGACCACCGUAAGUCACCUUCUGUGACUGUUCUUCACUUAGGACUGUUUUCUCGUCGUUGCUUACCUUAGCGUAGUUCUUGGAAAGGUCUUGACUUUAGUGCUUUUCCUUUGGUUACAGCUUGUUGUUAAGGGCAGAAGAAAUUACUUGAGAAAUUUAAACAACUUGAUCGUUUUCAAAGUAGUCAAAUGAGACAUUUACAAAUAUUUAAUUUCGAGACUGUCUAGUCGUGUUAUCCUCCUCUUGCUCUCGUCUUGUGGUCGUGCUUUUCCAAGGUCGUGCUUCUUCUGAUCUUCGUGUAUGGUUUUAAGGACAUCACCGAUAGGCAUGCGCCGUCUUGAUCUUCCUGUUGCUUCCACAGUCAGGAACACACUGGAGGAAACAUGCUGCCGCUUGCUGCUGUCAUUCACACUGUCGAUGAGUUGUACUAGAUCUGGCGAGUUUUUCUCUCUUUCUUUCUUUGAAGAACAACACGCGCGUUGUUAAACUUCUACUUGAUGUCGAUGAAGAUUUAUUUUCGAAAGAAUGAAUUCCUAUUGUAGCGCAGGAGGGGUAGCAAAAAUGAAGACAUCCGCAGCAGCCGUCAGGCGCUGCGACAACUUCGACGACCGAUAAUCGAUUGCGUGACUGAAAACGAAAAUUUUUGACUACUUCUUAGUGUCUCUUUUUUCCUGCUGUAGAACGAAGCCAGCUCAACAUAUUCAUAGACAUUAUCGAUAACAUAUCAAAUGUGCUAACUGUCUUCUUCUUCUGCAGAACAAAUAAUUAUUGUUUUCUUCAUCAUAAAAAUGUAGUAAUCGAAGAAGAAUAUGAACAACAACAAGAUGCUAGUAACCAUAACCAACGAUGCUGAGUGUGCUCAGAAACCCAGACGACGAAAAAUCAAUCCGUAACCGUAUCCCUGAGGUGGAUAUAGAAGCAAAAGCAGGCAUUGUUGAUCAUGAUGAGUCUUCUUCUACUUAUUGCAAACUCG